GCAGUGAAAUGACUGCUCUUGUUGGUGCAGUUCACUAAAGGUUAAGUAAGCAGAGAAAGUCCCAAGGUAAAACUUUCAGAUUGCAUUGAGGUUCACAAUUUUUGUCAACAAACAUUUGUCUCUUCCAGCCCCUCUACCUUAAAUGCAAGUUAAAAUAUAAGCAAACUGUUUUAUUGGGAUAUUUUGAAAACCUCACAUAGGAUUCCUAUGAGUUUCUGGGUGGCAUAAGCAGAAUGUUAUGACAAACCUGUUAAGAGGGAGUGAUUUGAUAUUUUUUAGUAAAGUUGCUUAAGUUAAAAACCCUAUAGAAAUUAAGGGGCACUGCUUAAGUAAGUUGAGUUUUGAGACCUUAUACUAAAAUCACAACUUAAUUCUCGAUGACUUAAUUGUAACUGCCACUGGGUAUUAGUAGUUACCACUUGUUUGUUUGAGCCUUUGUAGCAUGUUUUAACUCUUGUCCACUUUACUUUCUGUUGAAAUUGGAGCAUAAAACAGUUAUAUCAGCUGUCAUUCCUUACUGUAAUUACUGUAUAUUUAUAGCAACCCGCACCAAAUUCUUGUAUGUACAGAAGAGAGGUUUAAGUUAAAAUUUUGAAUACAAGUGAAAAAUGGAUACCUGAUUACUAACUUUAGAAUGAAUGAUACUGGCACCAUAAUUCUUUGAGCCACCUUUUAAAGGAACCUUUUUUCAGUUUGAAAAUAGCUCCAGUUUGCUUAUUAUGACUCUUGGAAGACACAAAUGUCAGUACAUGAAACUCAUCCAAUAUAAACCAUGCCAGCUGGCCAAAGCUGCCACACAGGGAAGGCUUUGUGCCUUCCUCUGUCAUAGCUGAUAUGUUUAAACCAAUUUUUUGUGUGCAUGACUGUUUUGGGGGGAGUUGGGGGGUGAUGAACUGAGCUGGCUUGGCCAUUAUUAUGAAUGGUCGCACUGGCAUGGACGUUCAUAAAUCAAGGACUUCUCUUGAGUGUAUCCUUGAGCAGAACUUUUCUUUCUUAAGACAAGUAUUGUAUACUUGUGACAGGUUAAAGUACUAACCACAUUAAAACUCAAAUGUUUGAGGCACAAUGCAGAUAUGUCCUACAUUGAAAAAGGGAAAUGUCUUACUCUGCUUCACUUAUUCUUGCUCCAGCUUAGUUACUAAAUUUAAAGGGGAGCAUUGAAAGUAAAACUCCUUGUGAUAAAAUGUCUUUCUGUUGGUUGUAUUAGUGUUAACAACUGAAACAAAAGGUUCUCCAUCAAUAUGCCACUUAAUGUCCAGACUUUAAAAUUGGACUUCAUAUGCAGAUCACUAGAGUUUCUACUUAAAUUCAGAAUAACAUCUUAGAAAUGCUGAUAGGAUUUCAACAUAAGAUAGCAACAACAAAAAAAAGCUCAAACUAAGGUGAAUUUUUUUUUAAAGUUCACCUAGCAAAAGGUAACUUGGGGAUUGAUUCCCAUUCUUUUACACAUGUCAAAAGAACCUUGAACUCUGAUUCACUGGGGCUCUGUUACUUUGCAACAGCCAAAACAAAAUCUUGUGUAUAAAUGAGAAAAACAAAACCAGUAUACCUAAUGUUCCUCUCUGAUCUCUCAAUUUCUAUGUGAGCAGAUGCAAAAUAAGUAUAAAUGGUUGCCACAGUUCUGUGGUAAAUCUUUUCCAUACCUGCCUUGCUGCCUUUUAUUUUGUGUAACUAAAUAAAAUGCAGACUGCUGUGUAACUGUAAUUAUCAACGUCUUCUGUGGUUGUUGGUGUCCAUGUCUGUUUGUAGCAUGGAGUAACUACAAAUCCCUGGCACUGGCAGACGGCUUGAAAGAAACCAAGCACCUCUUACGGGGAUAUAUUUGUGUUGGGUGGAGUUAAGGGUGUUCUGGGGGUAAUGUACCACUUUAGUUGUAUAUGCAUGUGUUCUCUGCUGCAGGCUUGCCCAUGCGAUCGUGCCUAGAGCACUCUGGUUUCCAGGUGACAGACACGAUUCACGAGGUCCUGUGAUAAGGGAGAGUCUGUACAGUCUCAGAAGGAAAAUGACUUACAAGGGGCAGAAACCAUGGUUCUGGAAAGUGUUAUGUUUGCCAUCCUUGCAGAGAGAGCGCUCGGCCCAAAGCUGUAUGGAAUCUUUCCACAAGGGCGACUGGAGGAAUUCAUUCCUAGCAGGAAACUGAGGACUGAAGAACUAAGCUUACCUGACAUAUCUGCUGAAAUAGCUGAGAAGAUGGCUAGAUUUCAUGGCAUGAAAAUGCCAUUUAAUAAAGAACCUAAGUGGCUUUUUGGAACAGUGGAAAAGUAUCUAAAUCAAGUGCUGAGAAUUAAAUUUACCAGUGAAUCCAAAACCAGAAAACUGAACAAACUUCUCAGUUACAAUCUCCCUGAAGAAAUGAAAAGUCUAAGAGCUAUGCUUGAAGCUACUUCAUCACCAGUUGUAUUUUGCCACAAUGACUGUCAAGAAGGUAAUAUCUUACUUUUGGAAGGCAGAGAGAAUUCAGAAGACCAAAAACUGAUGCUCAUUGACUUUGAAUACAGCAGCUAUAAUUACCGAGGAUUUGACAUUGGGAAUCACUUCUGCGAAUGGAUGUAUGAUUACUCGUAUGAAAAAUACCCAUUCUUCAAAGCUAGUAUUCUUAAAUAUCCUUCAAAGAAACAACAGCUUCAUUUUAUCUCCAGUUACCUGUCUGCAUUCCAUGAUGGCUUUGAAAGCCUGAGCAAUGAAGAAAAGUCCAAACUAGAAGAAGAAGUUUUGGUAGAAGUUAACAGGUUUGCCCUUGCAUCACACUUCUUCUGGGGUCUGUGGUCUAUUAUACAAGCAAAGAUCUCGUCCAUUGAGUUUGGUUACCUGGAAUAUGCAUUAUCCAGAUUCGAUGCCUACUUUGAUCAGAAGAGGAAGCUGAAGGUGUGAAUGUGGGAGGAGUGGCCUGUUGGUUACUGUAUGAAGAGGGCAGCUGGACAGAACUUUCACUGUGCUUAGGCUACUGUAUCUCUAACGAAGGUGUCACUGAAUUCCAGUUCCUGGGAAUGCAGGUGUACAGUACUGAAGACUAUAAAAAUGACUUGUUUACAGUUUCGUAAAUACUUGGAAUGAGAUUGGGGGGCAAAAGUAAAAUACAACAGUGCAAUAUCUUUAAAUCUUUUCAACCUAGAAGCUAUAUUAUGGGAGAAGCUUACAAUUAAGUGUCAAUACCACAUGCAUCAGAGCAAACCUACUGUGAGUACUUUUGGGGGGGUGUUGGCAUUAUGGUUUGUGUUGUAAGCAGAACAGCUAUAAAAGAUGAUUGAUUCCUCUUCAUGAGAAGGAAAAGCGUAGGAGACAACUGCUAAACUGUGAAGUAGGCUUAAAAACUUACUGUGAGGUUAGGUUCAACAUGCCCCAUGAACACUAUCUUCAAAGCUGCUGCUAAGUUACACCACUUUAACCAGAAGCAACUAAACACAUUGAAGCAGAGUGCUUUAAAGUGUUACUGACACAUACAUGAAUGUUUCUCUUAAGCUAGUGUGCCUGGGAAGUGAAGUAUGAGUGAGCUUUGAACUGGGCAUUCUGAUGGAGUUUGUUUUGAACUGUUCAUUCCAUGUCCUUCAAGAACAUGCUUUAGCCCAGCCUGGUUGUCUCUUAAAAUGCUGUGUCCUGCACAGGGGGUUCUGUGGACUGGCAGCACUAGGAAGAGUGCCUUGAAUUGCUCUAGUAGCUCCCCAGAUAACUGGAUUGGCAUUGACAAUACUGGUAACUGAAGCCUGUCUCUCUUCUUGUGUUGCCACAAUAUCUGGCUGUCAGAAAUAGUAGAGCCAAAGACUGGAGAACACUUCAGGAAAUUGUUCUGCCCAUCCAGUCCUUAUGUGGCUUGGGAGGUGCUUCUCUUGCACCUUCAAUUCUCAUCAUGUUCCAGUGAUUCAGUAAAGUGGAGCAUCUUGUGGGGAACAAUAACAUGUAUAUUGAAACUUGAGUAUAAUCUAUGUACAUGUCAUCUAAAGAUUUCUUUAGAUUUUUGGGAGCUUGUUUAUUUUGAAUGUUACUUGUUUGUGCUUUCUAACACACUGUAUUAUAAAUAAACUUCUAAGUCUACACUUUUUGACUUGUAUAGCAAAUACUGUUGCAAGCAGCUGAAAAAUGUGCAGCAUUUCAUGUACUGUAUAGCAUAACUUGUAAAAGCUGUCAUUUUAUUCUCUUGUAUAGAGCGUCAUUUUCCAUAUGUUCAAUUAUUAAUACUUUAUAAUAAAUAUAAAGCACUUAAAAACA